AUGCUCUCGUCAUACAAUGCAAUGCCUCGUGAAGGUCACUUUCAUGCUGCCUUACAUAUUUUUGCCUAUUUACAGAAGCAUCCUGAUCGUGUACUUGUGAUGGAUUGUGGUUAUGCUAACCAUCUUAGACCAUUAAAGAAAGCUGAUUACUCACAGUUCUAUGAGUUCACUAAGGAUGAACUCCCAAGUGACAUGCCUACACCUCUUGGCAAAGCGGUAGAGUUCACUAUGUUUGUUGAUGCAUCUCAUGCUGCUAACGUUGUUACUCGUCAAUCAAGAACAGGAGUAUUGAUCUUUGUUAACAAAGCUCCUAUUAUCUGGUAUUCGAAAAAGCAAAACAGUGUCGAGACAAGCAGUUUUGGUUCUGAAUUUGCUGCUCUAAAGACAGGUGUUGAAUUACUUGAGGGACUACGAUUCAAACUCAGAAUGAUGGGCGUCCCAAUCCAAGGUUAUUGUCAUACUUGUGUUGACAAUAUGUCCGUUGUCAAGAACUCAAGUGUUCCUGAAUCUCAAUUGAAGAAGAAAUCGAAUGCUGUCGCAUAUCACUAUGUUCGCUCCAGAUGCGCAAUUGAUAUCCUACAAAUUGAAUGGAUCAUUUCCGCUGAGAACUUGGCCGACGUUUUAACCAAGAUUUAA